GGCAACAACCGAGAUCAUUGAACUUCCUCGAACGUCCCAUCGCGAAACAGUCGUGGACCUCUUCAUCAGCACUCUGCUCGUGUUUGCCGCCUCCCCCGCCGUGGCACAACAACUCGGGCUCAUCAGCACAGUCAGGCUCACAAAUCCCAAACCAGGAAUAAAAUCAAACAAAGCCAAAACAGAAGAAUGUCGUCUCGUCACCAUCACCACCGCCACAACCAUCACCAUAGCCAUCAGCAGCGCAACCAAAGCAAAGAAUCAGGCAUCACACCUCAUGAUUUCUUCUUCAACUUUCAUCUUGGCUUUACUAAGACACCCAGUGAGGUUGCAGAAGACCAGCACCACAGGCAUCAGAUUGAAAGCCGCUACACCCGGGCCCUUUGUCUAGCCAUUGGCAGUGGGGGGGUCUACACCCCAGAGCAAGUCCGAUACCUCAAAGGUCUUGGCACAAUCACCAGCCCAGAUAAUUCCAUGGUUGACUUGAUUGAACCCUUGCUCCAGGAAGCUGCAGACUUGUUGGAUGUAGAGCUGGUUUGCAGCAGUACCUACUUGACUGACUUACGCCUUUUGGAGAAUGCUGGGAGGAGCAUGGUGUACGACAUGUACACCUGUGCGGCGCUUGCUGACUUUCCAGAGCCGCAAAUGGUGGCAAUUUCCUUGAUUGCAGAAGAGCUGGGGGUCGCCAAGUUUGGACUAUUGGAACACAUUCGCAAACAAGUGGAACUGGAAGUUGAAAUGAGAAAGAACCGGAUCAAGUUGCUCUUCCCUGAAGGUCAUCCCAUGUUGGAGCCAAAGUACGCCAGCCUGCACAAAGAGCAGCAGAGUCAUCAAUAAACGUAGCAAGCUUCACACACAAUAGAAUUGCCUUAGUUCAAACUCUACUGAAACAUAAUUUGCCUGCCUAUGCCAGGAGUCAGUAGAAUUUUUGUGUACCCUGUU